AUGGUGCACUUAGCUGUUAAAUAUAAGAGUCUAUCCAUCAGAAGAUCUGAAAUUCGUAUCGACGUUUGGUUUUUACACAGGUGCAUGUUCAAUGGAGUUACUCCAACGUUUGCCGUUGUGAGAGCCUCAAAGAAUGUACCCAUCAGUGACAGACUUUACUUAGAACACAAGAUUUUGAGGCGUAAUAUUAGAAAACACUACAGAAGACUGCAAGAGAUCGAUUGCAACAUGAAGAUCACCUACGACCUCAUGAGGGAGGAAAUGGACUUUGAAGAGAUCCAGGACAUACUUCGGAGAGUGUCCAUCUGUGUGGAGUACAGAAGGGAAAUGAAGUUUUCCAAGGUAAGCAGGAAGUUGAACAAUCUAAUUUCUCGUAAGAACUUCAAAACUAACAACGCCAACCGACGUCCCAGUCAAAAUUUCUCGGACUUCAAGUUCCACGAAAGAAUCAAAAAUAUGACACAAGUUAGAUUCGACGAGGAUGAACUCAACUUACUAAAGCUUGGGCUGAAAUUCUCCUUUGAAAGAACGAACGCUCCUCCACAGCGCCGAUUACAGCUGAAAGAAUUUUCCGUGGAGUUAGACGUUAUCUUGGAAAACAUAUGUAAAGAUGAUCAACAUCGGAAUGAUGUAAGAAACGAGCUUCUCAAGCACAUCCAACCUCUCCCAGCUAGACCUGCUAAAAUUCAUAACAACACCCCCCACAGCUCCGGUACCAGAAGACCAUUCCCAUCUGUUCUAAAAUCCGUUAAAGAAAAAAUAGAAACUCACAACCUGAUAAUUACAAAAGCCGACAAAGGCAAUUGCUUGGUCAUUUUGGACAAACACGUCUACAUUGAAAAAACUGAAAAUUUCCUUGACUCGGAGAACUUUAAAACACUGGAACACUCUCCCCAGCCAACUUUAAUGAAGAAGUUUAAAACAUACUUGAAGGCAUGUGACGAGUUUUUGUCCGAAUUUAACGCUCCAAAAAACCUCAUUCCUAGCAAUCCAAGCGUACCAAAGCUAUACGGUCUUCCUAAAAUUCAUAAGUUGAACGUCCCAAUUAGACCUGUCGUAAGUUUUGUCAACACACCAGUCUAUACGCUCUCUAAGUUCAUGUUAUCUGUCUUGAAAAGAUUGUGCAGUUUCGAGCCUGAGUUUACCGUCAAGAACUCACUUUGUCUGGUUGAAAAACUUAGGGAUCUUAGGCCGGGCACCGAUUGCCUCAUGAUUUCCUUUGACGUGACCAACCUUUUCACUUGUACCCCCAAAGACGAGAGCGUGAAAAUCGUGAACCAGUUUCUUAUAAGUCAGCAGAUUCCCGAACAAACCCGCAUUGAUGUCAUCACUCUCCUCAAUUUCUGCCUUUCACAAGACUAUUUCUUGUUCAACAAAAAGUUCUUCCAACAACUAGACGGACUGGGGAUGGGAAAUCCACUUUCACCUUUCAUCGCAGACGCAUUUAUGGAUUUUGUGGAAAAGAUAAUCCUCACACGGUUUAGCCAUGUUAUUUUACACUGGUCGAGAUACGUCGAUGACGUCUUCGUCCUCAUCAGAGAAUCUUUGAUGUCUCCAACUGAACUUCUCCAUGAGAUUAACAAAAUACACCCAAAUAUCAAAUUUACCUUAGAAGUUGAAACCCAGGGAUCAAUCGACUUCCUUGACUUGACCAUCAGUAGAAGCGAGGAGAGUUUCUCUUACAAGAUCUUCCAUAAACCCACACAGACCGAUGUACUUAUACAUGCAGACUCCAACCAUCCGAGGUCGCAUAAAAUGGCCGCUUUUCACUCUUUCGCCAAUAGACUCCUGUCAGUUCCCAUGACCGAAUUUGACUAUGAAGCCGAACUGAACAUCAUACAGCAGUUGGCUCAGAACAACGGUUACAACCCCUCCAUAAUCACUUCUCUAAUCGAGAAGAUCAAGAGAAGGAAUCUAGUGAGGAUCGCCUAUCCGUCCGUUCCCGACAGCGCACCCGCCAGAAAAUUCUUCUCCCUCCCUUUCAUCAACACAAGAACUUAUGAGGGUUCAGUUAAAAUCCUCAAACGCGCUUUCCCAGACAUUGAAAUAUCCGCAAAAACAACUAACACUCUGGGCCUCCACUUGAUUAAUACAAAGGACAAAACCCAUGACCUGGAAAGGAGUGGAAUAUAUAGAUUGGGCUGUGGCGACUGUGAAGCUACCUACAUCGGUAGAACCUUUAGGCAGUUAAAGACUAGAAUAUCCGAACAUCUGAGAUAUCCCGACAAGUCAGUUUUUGGACAUCAUGUCAAGUUCAAUAAUCACGCAUUCAGUCCACAGGGGAACUCCAAGAUUAUCCUGAGGACAGACACCAAAAACCUAACAAGACUUGACUUUUUAGAGAAUAUUCAUAUAGAAGACGAAAUUAUGAAAAAUGACAAAUGCUUGAAUAUUCAAACGAACUUGAACCUAAAUAAAUCUUACAUCCCAUUAUUCAAGAAAAUUUAA